GGAAUGACAAAAAGGAUAAACUGAAAAGUUAAGAAGAUAGAAGGCAAAAGAGUGGAGAAGCUCAGAGAAAAUUUCAGGCAUGGCUGCCUCAACGUCAUUAUUGUCAUUCUCCCAUAGCAGUCUAGCUGCUUCUUCUUCUUAUGCUGCGCAGCAAAUUUCUGUGCCACCCAAAUUCGUGACUUUGCGCCCACAAAACCUCCCACUUAUCCAAGCUAAGGCUCAUACUCGCCGUGAAGACCGCACUGCCCGCCAUGUUCGCGUUAGGAAGAAGGUAGAAGGGACACCCGAAAGGCCUAGACUCUGUGUUUUCCGCUCCAACAAGCAUCUCUAUGUGCAAGUGAUUGAUGAUACUAAAAUGCACACUCUUGCUUCAGCUUCUACAAUGCAGAAACCUAUCUCAGAGGAAGCAAGCUUUACAUCAGGACCCACAGUUGAAGUGGCGCAGAAGGUAGGUGAAAUGAUUGCCAAAAGUUGUUUGGACAAAGGGAUUACGAAGGUGGCCUUUGAUCGAGGUGGUUACCCUUACCAUGGACGUGUUCAAGCCCUUGCUGAUGCAGCGCGAGAACAUGGCCUCCAGUUCUGAAGUUAAUUGUACCUAGAUUCCCUUUUCUGUCAAUUUUUUUUAAUGCUCGGUUUAGUUCAGUUGCUAAGCAAAGAACUCGUAAUUGUCAUGAAGAAAAUCAAUUUUUUUUUUCUUUUAGACUAAGAAUGGUGUUAAAAAAAAUUAUCAUUUUGUUCAAAAAUCAGAACUUGCAAGGGGAACCUCACGCUCCAAAAUAUCUGCUAUGUGGCCCGUAGCGACCCUCUAAUUAUGCUUGGUUCUUGAGGGAUUGUUAAGUUAAAUCAUUUUUUAAUA